CUCUUUCUCAUCACACACAACAGUACUGUAUGAGUGUGUGAUCAAAGUGCCUGCUGAGACGUGAUACGCGAGCAGCACUGUUCAGAGAUCAGCGAUGGGUGGCGGAGGACAGCAGACAGACCGAAUCACCGACACCAACGGCAGAUUCAGCAGCUACACCUGGGAGGAGGUGCAGAAACACACCAAACAUGGAGAUCAGUGGGUGGUGGUGGAGAGGAAGGUUUAUAACGUCAGCCAGUGGGUGAAGAGACACCCCGGAGGACUGAGGAUCCUCGGACACUAUGCUGGAGAAGACGCCACGGAGGCGUUCACUGCGUUUCAUCCAAACCUUCAGCUGGUGAGGAAAUACCUGAAGCCGCUGCUAAUCGGAGAGCUGGAGGCGUCUGAACCCAGUCAGGACCGGCAGAAAAACGCUGCUCUCGUGGAGGAUUUCCGAGCCCUGCGUGAGCGUCUGGAGGCUGAAGGCUGUUUUAAAACGCAGCCGCUGUUUUUCGCUCUGCAUUUGGGCCACAUUCUGCUCCUGGAGGCCAUCGCUUUCAUGAUGGUGUGGUAUUUCGGCACCGGUUGGAUCAACACGCUCAUCGUCGCUGUUAUUCUGGCUACUGCACAGUCACAAGCUGGAUGGUUGCAGCAUGACUUCGGUCAUCUGUCCGUGUUUAAAACCUCUGGAAUGAAUCAUUUGGUGCACAAAUUUGUCAUCGGACACCUGAAGGGAGCGUCUGCGGGCUGGUGGAACCAUCGGCACUUCCAGCAUCACGCUAAACCCAACAUCUUCAAGAAGGACCCGGACGUCAACAUGCUGAACGCCUUUGUGGUGGGAAACGUGCAGCCCGUGGAGUAUGGCGUUAAGAAGAUCAAGCAUCUGCCCUACAACCAUCAGCACAAGUACUUCUUCUUCAUUGGUCCUCCCCUGCUCAUCCCAGUGUAUUUCCAGUUCCAAAUCUUUCACAAUAUGAUCAGUCAUGGCAUGUGGGUGGACCUGCUGUGGUGUAUCAGCUACUACGUCCGAUACUUCCUUUGUUACACGCAGUUCUACGGCGUCUUUUGGGCUAUUAUCCUCUUUAAUUUCGUCAGGUUUAUGGAGAGCCACUGGUUUGUUUGGGUCACACAGAUGAGCCACAUCCCCAUGAACAUUGACUAUGAGAAAAAUCAGGACUGGCUCAGCAUGCAGCUGGUCGCGACCUGUAACAUCGAGCAGUCUGCCUUCAACGACUGGUUCAGCGGACACCUCAACUUCCAGAUCGAGCAUCAUCUCUUUCCCACAAUGCCUCGGCACAACUACUGGCGCGCCGCUCCACGGGUGCGAGCGUUGUGUGAGAAAUACGGAGUCAAAUACCAAGAGAAGACCUUGUACGGAGCAUUUGCGGAUAUCAUUAGGUCUUUGGAGAAAUCUGGCGAGCUCUGGCUGGAUGCGUAUCUCAACAAAUAAAGCAUGACUUCUCCCUAAAUAGAAAAAAAGCGGAGCCGAAUCCUCCAAUCAGAGCGAGCCUUCACAGACUAGACAUCAGGAAGAAUCGCAACUAAACCCCCAGUCAAUCAGUUCAGUAAAAUGACGCGUAGCACUUUGUUUUUUGAUAUCUGCAAGAUAAUUGUGGCACUUUGAAUGCGUUUUAAAGAGACGGCUCAAAGAUGUGUGUCUCGCUCCUAAUAAAGGAAAAAUCUGAAA